CAAUAAGAACACACGUCUGCAGAUACCAGCCGCCCCUUUAUAUAUCAGAAGCAAAGUCUGCAGAAGAGCACAAAAACUAAUUAAUUAAGUUCAAUAAUUCUUUUUCCCUUAAGGCACUGGAAUUUGGAAGUGUUUGGAAUUGGAAUCCCAAAAAGUGAAUUUCGUCAUCCGGACAGAACACGCAAAAUCAUCACCAAAAGCUUUUAAUCAUGUUGCUAAGGAGCUCAUCAACGCCAGUGAUUGGAUCUGUUCUUGCAUCAUACGCCUCAGAAAGCCCUAACGUCAUCAGCAAUCAUCACUCAGAUCCCAAACCAAACACCUUCCACCAACAUACGCCCACCAAGUUCUCAUUCCACCAACCUGGAUCUCUCACCAUCUCACACAACUCCUCACCAAUCUCUCCCUCCUCCCUUGAUAUGGACCGGCAUUCGCUAACCGGGUUCCGAAGGGCUCAGUCUGAUGGGAACUUGGAAGGACUGGCCUAUGCUUCUUGUGACACUGAGGAUCAAUUCUCUGAUUCAAAACUACCCAACAUGUUCUCCGCAAGAUCCAAGUGCACGAUGCUGCAAACUAUACCGUCUCCUUCGUUGCAUAACUCGGGCGGUUACGACGAGGGCGAGGACGAUAGUGAUGUGGAAUAUGAGGAAGAAGAAGAAGAGUUUGAGGAGGAGAAUGUGGAGAGAGUGGCGGCGAUGGAAGGUGAAAAUGUUGGUUUAGAGGAGAAGGUGAAGAACAUGAGCUUAACUCGGGAUGUGAAGUUUUUGGACAAAAUAUGGAAUACAGGGUUUGAGGAAAAAAGAGAGCUUGCGAGUCAAGAAAUGUAUCUUGCAAGGGGGCUAGGGUCUGGUGGUGGGGGUGGUGGUGGGGGUGGUGGUGGAAGCGGUAGCCGCGGUGGUGGAGAUGUUAAUUGGGAUGGCUAUGAUAGUGAUGGAGGAGAUGACAACCAUGGGGUUGAGAGGCAUCACAAGAAGCUGGUUGAGGAAAAUCCAGGCAACCCUUUGUUCCUUAGAAAUUAUGCUCAAUUUUUGUAUAAGACCAAGAGAGAUCUUCAUGGGGCAGAGGAGUACUACUCUAGAACCAUCCUAGCAGAUCCUGAUGAUGGUGAAGUUAUGGCUCAAUAUGCUAAGCUAAUAUGGGAGCUACACCAUGACCAAGAGAGAGCCUUAAGCUGCUAUGAACGAGCACUCCAAGCUGCACCUCAAGACAGCUAUGUCCACGCAGCAUACGCCGGUUUUCUCUGGGAAGUAGAGGAAGACGAGGACGAAGCUGAAGCGGAGAACGAUCCUCCUGCCAUGUCAUCUUAUCUUCAUGAGAGAAUCAUGGCAUCCACACGUGCCUAAAACAUCUUUAGAUAGCUUUGUAUGGUGACUAGGUUGUAAAGCCUAUGCGGGGGCUGCAUCUGUUGUUGUAGUCAUAAUUUUGAAGCUGAAGAACAAUAGCAAGCAAUGACCAGAGAGCCUUGUAGACGAUGAAUACUCAUGUAACAUUUUUCUGAGACGAAAUGGUAUAAAUUUUUGCCAGAUGA